AUUCAAUAAUAGAAAAUGGCUGGAAAAAGUUCAGAGAAGAUUAAAUGCAUAUUUUUUAGUGAAUUUCACAUAACAGCAGGUCCUAAAAUUACUUUUCAGGUGCCGGAGGGUUAUGUGUCUAAGGACUACUUCGAUGCAGUUCAGUCAUACAUAAUAACAAAACCAGAGUUGCAAAGAAGAUUAAUAACGGUGAACUCCCUGGGGUUGAAGAUUGUUGGUUGCCCGGUCUCGAUACAGAAUAACAAGUACGACAGGAAUGCCCUGAUAUUCAACUGUUGUUUCGUGUUUGACAGCACUGCGCGCACUUCCAGAUAUGAACCAGUGGUGAAGAAGUUAGCAUCCUAUCUAACUCAGCUCGAGCUAGAGAGCAGUAUCCUGUCAGAGGAAAGUAAGAAAAGUCAGAUCCCUGCCCUGCUGUCCGACAUACUGAACAGUCUCAACCAGACAGGCAGCUGCAGCCUGUGUUUGAAUUCCAGCUGUACAGUUCACCUUAAGGUGUCACCACAGAUAGAAGACCCAAAGCCCGUGCAGGACCAUGAUGUGCCCAUGUUUCUGUCAGAUUUCUCCAGGUUCACACACACUCACUGGGACCUGACCACUCAACAGGUAUUACAGUACAUUGAUGGCUACAACCAUGUGGCAAAGAUAGCUGCAGAAGCUGACAUAGAAAUCAACCUGGUCAAGGCCUGUCUGCAAAACCUCUUGCAUAUUGAUGUGAUAACAAUGAUCUCAGUUUUUCAGUAUUCCAACAUGUACACGACAACCAGCCAGCUCCAACAACUAGCUGAUGACCCUAUAUUACAAGAGGAGUGCCUGCAAUAUGUGGCCUCAAAAAGUCAUGUGAAACCAGCAUUCCGCAAUGUGUUCAUGCUAUAUGCCAGUUUGACUCAGGGUUUAACAGUUCGAGACCUGUGUAUGAGAUUUAACCCACAUAACCUCAAGGUCGAUGAAAAGCGGCUCAUCCAGUUUGGUCUGAAGAAGAAUCUGAUUGGUCGUCUCCAUGGUUACCCAGUGAAGCUGCCUAGUGAGACUCGAAGCAUUCCAAAGGUGGUGGCCAUUAGCAAGUGGCUAAACGGAAACCACAGCUUGGAUGAGAUCAGCUGUAAAUCAGGGUACACUUACAAAGAGUUGGAUGAGAUGAUUGACAAUGAUCCCAGUAUUGUUGUCUGCUGGAAGUGAGGUGUGUAGCUGGGCUUGUUUUAAUGUGCUGUCGAGGACAACCAGUUAACCCAGUGUAAGCAAGCUGUGACAUGGAAGUCAUCAAAGUGAGCCUUUUGAACAAUCACACUCAGAUUUUUGUGGAAGGUAACUUACAUAACAAACCAUGCUGUCCAGAUUUUGAGCAUUUACAGCAUUGAACAAGUGCAGGGCGUGUGAGCUAGUGCUAAUUACAAUUACUAGUGUUUUAGCAUAUUGCUCAACUUUUGUAAAAUUACAUGAAACUGUACAGCUUUUCAAAAGCAAAUUGAGCUUAAUUUUAUGACCUGUGCUACUUUUGCUGACUGACUGUGAUAAUUAUAAUACACAACAUGUACAUUCAUUUACUGUGUUAAAACUUUCAAUUUAUUACUUGGGGAGUGUGACAAAGUUUAAAAGAGCAGUUUCAAUAUGGUCAUCCUAUCAGAAUAGCCAUGAAUUGCUGCUGUCAUGACAUUCUUACUUCAUUUAGUUGUUGCUUUGAAAUGUAAUGCCCUACAUAAAUACUUCAUGGAUGUAGCAUUGUGAAAUUUGAUUUGACUGUUUUGUGGCUGCCAAUAUUCUAAUGCAGACAGACGGACAUCCAAUAUGCCAAGAUCACAUUAUGGAGUUUCGUUAGUCAUUUUUGAGUUUUUUCUUUGUAUUUGUUAUUCACUAUUAAAGUCAUUAUUGUUUAUAUAUUUUAUAUCAGAACGAACACUAAGAGGCAGAGCUUUAACCAUGCAAUAAAUAUCGUUUAGGCCAAGUGAAUAUAAAGAUGUGGUUACUGUAACAUCAUGACAAAAACAAAGUCAGUUAGGUUGGGAAAACAUUUUAUUUUGGAAUGUUAUUUUUAUGUCUUUGUGUAUGGGUAUCUUGUUUAUAUACAUACAUUUCUUUAUUUGGACAUUAAUGUUUCAAAAAAUGAAACACACUACAAGUUAACUUUAUACCCAUGUUCAGAGAAUAGUGCCAUAAGGUUAAUAUGUUUACUGAUAUUUAAAAAAAAAUGUUUUUAAAAGAAACAUUUGGUUUGCACUUAAUAAUAGGGGUAGUCUGGUAACUGUUACCACAAAACUACUUUUAUUUAGCCUUAUAUACUCAAUGAUAAAACUAUGAAACUGAGUGCUGCAAAUAAUCUAAACUAAUAAGGAAAGAAAAUAGGCACGAAAAAGCAGACGACAGUUUCUUAACUAGCUUUUCAUUCCUUUGCUAGUACAGAGAUACCUUCUAGUAUAUUAUGACAUCGGUAUAUGUUUUCUCACUCUCUGACAAGGGGAUCUCCCCAAACAUUGCUCACGAUGGAAGUCACAUACUCGGCAAACAUUUGACGUUGGAAAGACGUUGUAUAUUGGUUGAAAAUUAAAGUAUUUUAGACGUCAGACUCCGACAUUGGAACAAUGUCGGAAUAACAAAGUUGAUCCAACGUCGUGGGAACGACCAAAGUUAAUGUACAUUCAUAACAUAACAAACAACUCUAGGUAUAUACAAAUUUUAUUUCACAACAAACCUAUACAUACACAGAAACUGUUAAGUGACAACAUUUGAUAUAAUUGAUAAUAUUUUUAAUGGCACGUUUAAUGAAAAUAUACAUAUGUAAGUUUAUAAACCAUAAAAAAGCAUACAUCUAAACUGAGUACUUUUAAGUUCAAUUGUAAAAAGCGCAUCAUUCAGAAAGAUUACCCCUACCUGUACCAAAAAAAUAUGUAUUGUAUUGUAAAGUUUGAAUAUAUUUCUGACACACGUUUCUAUAAUGAUCAUUGUUGAUAGAACUCUAGUGCUAGUUGGUCAAGCAUUUAAUGCUAGUUCUUUUAAGGUGUAGAUUCCAAAUUUACUAUUUAUAUAUUUAUGUAUUAUACCAGGCUUGGCGAUGACUCUCAUAUCCCAAACUAGUAAGUUAUCAACAAACAGCCAGGAUAGGUUUGUAUAUGGGCAUUUAUUUAAUGCUGUAACAAAAAUAUACAUCAUUUGUGUAAACAAGGUAAAAGUUGAUGACUUAUCUGGCGGCCAAACCCGCCACCAAUAUGAAUUAGUACAGAAAUCUGCAGAAUUGUGCAGUAAAUAAUGGAAACAUUAAUUAAUACAAACAUACAAACAUGUGAAAUAACAACCUUAUAUACAAAAGUGGAUAGAAAUGCCAAAAUGGGUGUGGAGUAAUGGAAACAGUUCUUUAACACAAAUCAUGUGAAAUGUUAACAGAAUAUACAAAGUGGAUAGAAAUACCAAAUGGAUAAUACAAAAGUUUAUAUAGUUGAUACAAGUUUGACUAGACACAUAUUAUUGUGUAGUUGUUGUGGAGGAGGUGGUAAUUGAUUUUUUAGCGUUUCACGCAAAGCUUGUUCGCUGAAGACAAAGAAUAAUGGCGAAUGCGAUUUCAUUGGUUUGUGAAAGUCAUGGUGUAUCUGUCCUACAAGCUGAUUGGUUAUCAAGCCAGGCCAAAUAAGUCUUGCAGCGAGACCUCAAAGCACAUUAACGCUUGUCGUUACCAUGUUAACUUGCCAAACCAAUAAAAGAAAUGGCCUAGCAAGCUACAUAAUACUUUUAUGGACCAUAAAUGUUAUUUAUGUAUUAUACCAGGCUUGGCUAUGACUCUCAUAUCCCCAGCUAGUAAGUAAUCAACAAAUGACCAGGAUAGGUUUGUAUAUGGGCAUUUAUUUAAUGCCGUAAGAUGACUUAUCUGGCGGCCAAACCCGCCAAAAGAGUAAAGCCGCCAGACAAAUUGAUAUGAGAGACAUUUGACUAGGUUGUAACAUAGUUUAUACAAGGUAAAGUAUUAUGCAAAGUCGAUAAAAGAGACAUUUGACUAGGUUUGUAUAUAUUUAUAUUGUCUACGGAGGUUAGUCUACUUCAUUAACACAGUAGAUAUACAUGACUCUUGAUCCCUAUACUUGAUCUAGACUGUAAAUCUUAAUAUUUUAUGCCAUAAAAUGCAUAUCUAAAUACGCCCAUGCACUCACCUAUUUUUACUGGCACAUUUUUGCAAUCUAAUGUCAUCUGUAAUAUGAUGUUGUUUGACUGGUGCUUCUCUAGUCCAUCUGUCCAAUACAUUAACUUUGCAGUUAAAAGACUUGGAAAUAGUAAGGGUUAUCAGUCUGUUCAACACUAUGUAAAGCAGAUUUGUAACAAUGACUUUUACAACAAACAAGUUCAUGAACGAUCAAAGCGCUUUAAGAAGCAGACAACCACUGUUUCUCGAACUACAUAUGAAGCAGUUCAACCUGAUAUUGUCAAAUUUAAAUGAUUUUUUGUCUUUGCAGCAACAAUAUAUAGGACAAACCAUAAUGAUUAUGAUAAAAAUUUAGUGAAACUGAACAUAUCAGAAGCAGCCUACACAUUUUGCUUUUUCAAGGCUGAUUCAUUUGUACUGAUCUAAAGCAGACAUAUAAAUUGUACUGCAUGGAUAGCAUGUACAUGUAUGUUUUAGAAUGAUGGUUCAACUGCUUUAGAUCAACUGUUUAUAGUUUGUCUUAGUUUUAUAGUGGUCAGCACUUACCAGGUUCACUUAUGUUGCGGUUCCUUUCACUCUCUGUUGAAGGGUAAACCUUAACGGGCUGGUAUUUCGUCUUUUAAUCUUUUAAUACAUUUCUUUGAAUAAUGUUUUUUUUGCAAACUGUUUAAGAGUUAAAGCAAGUGUUAUUGUCAAACAGUUAUGUUAUGUUAUGGAGGAAUACAUAUAAAUAUAAGGACGACACUUAAUGUGCUCUAACUAUUUAUUGCGACAUGUAUUGUACGAUAUCUAAACUAGAACUGAUAAGCAUUUGGCUGUGCCUAGGUAUUUAACUCACUAGGGCAGAUAACCCUUAGAUGAUAAAGCUAUCAUGUAACAAGUUAUAUCAGGGGGGUUUUUCUACUUCAAUUUGUGUACAAUAUUAUGUACACGAUGUAUCAAAAUAAAACUGACCACUAGCCGUCAGUGAAUCUGCCUUCAAAAUUACUGGAAUACCUGGAGUUCUCUGUACUGUCAUGCUCACCCUCUGCUUCGACUAGUCCUAGUGUAUCAGUAGAAUCAUAUGUAUCGACGGAAAAUUACGGAAAGUCACAUCAUAAAUUGAUAAAAGACCAUUAUACCUUCUCUCAAAUAAAGCACACCUUUCUAAAUUAAUCUAUCAAACACCAUAAAGGCUUCAGGUACAGGAACUGCAGCCCAGGAGAUGAUAUUACUCGAACUGACACACCAAAAUGAUGAAUCUCUAUUUUUUCGAAAGGAGUCUUGAAGAAGAAUAUGUGUUCCAUUUGUAAACAUAGCCAUUGUCUUUAACUGAUACACUCUAAACAUUGCAGUAUGCAGGCUCAUCUGCAACAAUUGCAGUGAAGUAUUUUAUUUCAUUGUCUGUUUUGUUCCCACAUCUAAGAUGCUGACUACUUGGCGCAGCCACUGUAACGUUCGUUGUACUUCUCCCAUUUCGUUUAACAACAUACUUUUUAAGAUAAUAUUAAUCCUGUAUUGUAAUUGAGAUAAGCUCUUUGAGUUUUAAUAUUUUAUUGCCACAAGUGUUGCAAGGUGAUUGUUCAUCAAAUAAUGGUGCUGAAGUAGCCUUUUUCGCAAACUGGGUGGAGAACGUAACUUUGGAGCACGUUGAAGCAUCAAUGAAUGAUUGAAGAAAAAAAAGUUUGUAGAUACCUGUAGCGCCUUAAGUCCGCUGCUCAAUGUGUCAUUACAUUGGGUUGUGGGAGAUCCCCAAACCAACUUUGCUUAACAUAACCUUCUCAAUGCUGCACAAUAAAUAUCUUAUAUGGCAGCUACGUCUUUUUCAUCAUCAUCACUAUCAAAAAGGUUGGUGACCAAUCUGAAGAACAUUGAUGCUUUUUGAUACAAGAACAAUUUAUAAUACUUUCUCUUUUUGCAUACAUGUAAGUUAUAAAAAAAUUAUGUUGGAUCCAAGAGCAAAUUUCUUUUUCCAAAUAAUAACAGGGUUCCUCCUUUCCAUACAUUGUGGUGUACACAGUUAAACUCCUUCUGUUCAUUUUCUGAAUCAGUCUUUGAAGCUGCAUACAGAAAGCAAAACAAGGAUAUCAAGAUCAUUUCUGAAGUAUUGCCUUUGUUAAUAGAGAAAAACUGAUGAUUGUUUGCAUUUUUAUGGUCUGCAAUGCCUCUAUGUUAUUUUGUGCCAAAGGAUUGUUAGCAUUAAAAUAGUAAUGUGUAAUUUUUUGUUCUCGUUUUUUUAGUGUAAAUGAGUCAUGUACACUAAAAAAUAUGAUCACACAUUUGCAAAUUACUAAGAAUAUUGCACAGAUAAAUAAGGGAAAUUGUUGUUCUUUUGUUUAUACUUGUUCAUGUCAUAUACUUAAUGUACAUUGGUUUUGUGUGCCCUAUGUGUCCAUGAUCAUGACUGUUUUAAUUAUCAGUAAAUUGUGCAAUUAUUUUAUUAUUGUUUGCUGCAAUUGAAUAUACAGUACUAUUUUUGCAUCAACAAUGCUAUUGUUUGCAUAACUUGUAUGCAUUACCGGGUUACUAUUGUUUGUAUAAAAAGUAACUAUGGUUUGCAUAUACCGUACUAUUGGUUGGAUAGAAAGAACUAUUGUUUGCAUAUAUACAAUAUUAUUGUUUGCAUACAAAACCUAUUAUUUGCAGUAUUUUUGUUUGCAUAUACUGCACUUAUAAAACCAUGUUAAUGUGAAAUAAAAAGUUGAAGACUU